AUGGAGUCAUUACUUAUGUUGACAUGCUUUGAUACUGACGUGCUCGCAUGGCAGCAGGUGUUGGAGCAGCAUGGCAGGGACGAGUCAUACCACGAGGCUGUCCCACCAGACGCAGUUGCAUUCCCCCGCUCCACUCACCAAGUGCAACAGCUGGUAACCGCGUGCGCUGCCGCCCGCGUGCCCGUCAUUCCCUAUGGCGCCGGCACGUCUCUGGAAGGCCACGUGGCGGCACUCUGUGGGGGAGUCUCCAUUGACCUGUUGCAGAUGAACGAGAUGAACGAGGUGCGAUGGGUGCGGUUACCAGGUAACAACGAGGUACCUCAGAAGGUGCCCGUCAUUCCCUAUGGCGCCAGCACGUCUCUGGAAGGCCACGUGGCGGCGCUCUGUGGGGGAGUCUCCAUUGACCUGUUGCUGAUGAACGAGGUAUUGUGGGGUUACCAAGUAACGCGUCCCAUGAUUGGCACAAGUAGCAGGGGUGAGCAGUUGCUGCAUAGUUUAUAG